AUGCGGGGCCCGGGAUGCCCGGGCUGCGGCUCACGGCGCCCCUUCUCUCUCUGUCUGUCCCCGCGUGUGUUGCCGGCGGCGCGGGCAGCCAGCGACGUGCCCCAGGACGGGCUGCUCCUGCACGGCCCCUUCGCGCGCAAGCCCAAGAGGAUCCGCACGGCCUUCUCGCCCUCGCAGCUGCUGCGCCUGGAGCGCGCCUUCGAGAAGAACCACUACGUGGUGGGCGCCGAGCGGAAGCAGCUGGCCGGCAGCCUCAGCCUCUCGGAGACGCAGGUGAAGGUGUGGUUCCAGAACCGGAGGACAAAGUACAAGCGGCAGAAGCUGGAGGAGGAGGGACCCGAGUCCGAGCAGAAGAAGAAGGGCUCGCACCACAUCAACCGGUGGCGCAUCGCCACCAAGCAGGCCAACGGGGAGGACAUCGAUGUCACCUCCAAUGACUAG